GGCGUAGGAAAAUUACCUGGGCGUCCGACUCGCCGCCGCGGGACUCGCGACCGCCCUCCGCAGCGAUGGACGGAGACGGUGACCCAGAGAGCAUGGGCCAGCCAGAAGAGGCAAGCCCAGAGGAGCAGCCGGAGGAGGCGGGCGCCGAGGCGGGAGCCGACGAGGAGCGGCCCGAGGAGGAGGAGGAGGAGCAGGAGGACGCGGAGGCGGCGGCGUACCUGGCCGAGCUGCCCGAGCCGCUGCUGCUGCGGGUGCUGGCCGCGCUGCCGGCCGCCGAGCUGGUGCAGGCCUGCCGCCUGGUGUGCCAGCGCUGGCGGGAGCUGGUGGACGGCGCCCCGCUGUGGCUGCUCAAGUGUCAGCAGGAGGGGCUGGUGGCCGGGGACGGCGCCGGCGACGAGCGCGACCACUGGCAGCAGUUCUACUUCUUGAGCAAGCGUCGGCGCAACCUGCUGCGCAACCCGUGCGGCGAGGAGGACUUGGAGGGCUGGUGCGACGUGGAGCACGGUGGGGACGGCUGGAGGGUGGAGGACCUGCCCGGGGACAGCGGGGCGGAAUUCACGCACGAUGAGAGCGUCCGGAAGUACUUCGCCUCCUCCUUCGAGUGGUGUCGCAAAGCGCAGGUCGUUGACCUGCAGGCGGAGGGCUACUGGGAGGAGCUGCUGGACACGACCCAGCCGGCCAUCGUGGUGAAGGACUGGUACUCGGGCCGCAGGGACGCGGGCUGCCUGUACGAGCUCACGGUGACGCUGCUGUCCGAGCACGAGGACGUGCUGGCCGAGUUCAACAGCGGGCAGGUGGCGGUGGCCCCAGACAGCGACGACGCGGGCUGGAUCGAGAUCUCGCACACCUUCACCGACUACGGGCCCGGCGUGCGCUUCGUCCGCUUCGAGCACGGGGGCCAGGACUCUGUCUACUGGAAGGGCUGGUUCGGGGCCCGAGUGACCAACAGCGGCGUGUGGGUGGAGCCCUGAGGGACCCCCCUGCCUCCCCCGACUUAGUAGCAUCCCUGCCCUCCGCGCCCCGCCCCCGCACCCCCCCCCUCCUCGCCCACGCCCAGCCCGGGGGUCUGCAGGUGGCCGCCUCCACGGCGGGAGGCGGGUGAGGGCUGGGCCUGGGCGGGCUGCUGAAUCCCUUCGCUAGCACGGAGCCUGACGCCCAGUGGGCGCCCAAUAAAUACGGUUUGUCCCAGGAA